AUGUCGUCGUUGGAGCUUGUCAUUGUCGUCCUCGUCGUGGAGCCAUCGGCAGUCCGUCGCAGCCAGCGCAUCAGCAGCAACCUCGCUGCGGGCUGUGACUGGGCAGAGCCGCACACGAUGCUCCAGGAAAACAGUCCUCGAGUUUAUUUACGAAUUCCGUCUUGGAAAAUCUUUCCUGUUCUUCAGCCGGCAUGGGUCACAUCGUCAGAGAGGCUUUCCAAGCAACAACCGAAACUCAAUAUCAAAAUACCUUCCCGACAGACUUCAACAACAGACUUCUGGUCCAUAUCCUCUUCCUGUACCUCCAUAGUCCACUUCCACAACAAUCCCCGCCACUCCCCGCAACGCUUAUUUCUCUCCUCACCGACCGACUUCGACCGAUUGGCCCGUCACAAGAAUGCCAAUGAGUCCACAACACUGACCUUCCACCUGGUCGACUUGCUCAACUACCGUCGAAUAAUAUCCAUGGGUUACGGCGGUUGGCCGAAAUAA